AUGUCUGACAAGAAAGAGGCAAAGGGACGUGGCGAGCUUUCCGAGGAGCAGCGCCAGGAAAUCCGUGAAGCUUUCGAUCUUUUUGAUACCGAUGGUUCUGGUUCAAUUGAUGCUAAAGAAUUGAAAGUUGCUAUGAAGGCUCUUGGUUUCGAACCUACAAAGGAAGAAAUUCGCCGCAUGAUUUCUGAUGUUGAUACAGACGGUACAGGUGCUAUCAGCUUCGCGCAAUUCCUUCAGAUGAUGACUAAAAAGAUGGAAGAACGCAAUCCAGAAGAUGAAAUAAGAAAAGCCUUCCGUCUUUUCGAUGAUGGUAAUACAGGUCGUAUUUCAUUUAAAAAUCUUAAGCGUGUUUCAGUCGAGCUUGGUGAAAAUCUUACAGAUGAAGAGCUUCGUGAAAUGAUUGAAGAAGCAGAUCGUGAUAACGAUGGCGAAGUUUCCUAUGAAGAAUUCGUUCAUAUCAUGAAGAAGACUUCCCUCUUCUAA